AUGUCUGCUCCCAAGACUACUCGCGCAUGGAUCCUGUCCAACCCUCCUACCGACAUGCCUGAUGAGAGCACCUUCAAGCUUGUCGAGCAGGAUCUUUCCGAGCUCAAGGAUGGUGAGGUUUUGGUCAAGACCACUUAUCUCUCCAACGACCCCGCCCAGCGUGGGUGGAUCCAAAAGGGUGUCAUUGCUGACCGCAUGUACUUUCCUCCCGUCGAGAUCAACGCCCCCAUGUCCUCCUUCGGUAUCGCUACUGUCAUCGAAUCCAAGGCUGCCGACUUCCCCAAGGGCACCCUCGUCAACUGCUUGACCAACUGGCGCGAAUAUGCCGUCAUCGACACCACUCUCGGCGCUCCUUACGUUACUCGCGUCGACCCCAUUCCUGGAUUCAAGGAGACUCAUUUCCUCGGCGCCCUCGGUCUGACUGGUGUCACUGCCUACCACGGCCUUGAGAACGUCAACGUCACCAAGGACGACACCGUCGUUGUCUCCGGUGCUGCCGGUGCCACUGGUAGCAUGGUCGUCCAGAUCGCAAAGAAGAUCAUUGGCUGCAAGCGUGUCGUCGGUAUCGCCGGCACCGCAGACAAGUGCAAGUGGGUCGAGAGCCUCGGCGCCGACGUCUGCAUCAACUACCGCGACGCCGACUUCAAGGAACAACUGAUCAAGCAAACCGAAGGCUACGUCGAGGUCUACUUUGACAAUGUCGGUGGCGAGAUCCUCGACUUGAUGCUCGCCCGUGUCAAGCGUUUCGGCCGUGUCUCUGCCUGUGGCUCCAUCUCGGAAUACAACAACAGCUCUCCUCCCGGCUUCAAGAACUGGUUCGAAGUUAUUGCCAACCGUAUCACCAUCAAGGGUCUCAUUGUCCUUGAUGCCGGUGCCCGCUGGCCCGAGAUGAUCAAGGAGAUCUCCGAGGCUGCCGUCUCCGGCAAGAUCCAGGUUGGUGAUGCCAACGAGACCAUUGUCCCUACCGCCUUUGAGGAUGUCCCCAAGACUUGGCUCAAGCUGUUCGAGGGUGCCAACACUGGCAAGCUCAUCACUCACAUUGUUUAA